AUGAAUCAGAAAUAUCGACGGGACAUCAAUAUUCCAGCAACUCCGUACACCGGCUCGCGCUCCUCGGUAGGUUCGUCGCAGUCGCGCAACAUUCGGAUGACGGUGUUGAAAAAUCUGUUCAAAAAAAUGGCUUUCACAAAGUCGCUACUAAAAACGCUCAUGGCACUGUUCCUGUUCGGCAGCGUCCUGCUCGUGGUCUACUGGCGGGACAGCUCGGAGUCGUCCAAACCGUCCACACCGUUCGCGCUGGGAAGCUACAAUUCGCACAUCGUCGACGGAGGAAGCUUCGGCAGUCUUGGCGGCAGUGGUGAAAACGCACGAAUCAACGCGAUUCCGAUCAGCCCCAUUGAACGAUCGUGGACGUACAAGUGCGUCAACAAUCGUUGCGUUCGGCACCACUUCGUGGACGGUGUAGAAGAGGACUUCGACAACUACCAUCAGCAGCAGCAACAGCAGCAGCAACAGCAAACGCAGCAACAAACCCAAACGCAGCAGCAACCUCACGCAGCUGGAACGGACAGCGGCUCAAAACGUAUCCCGUACCGAACGUGCACGAUGACCUGUGGGCCGAUCAACAUCUGGCCCCAGCCAACGGGAGCCGCGACGAUCGGUAGUAAAACGUCGCGCUUCCGGUUGUCCGAUAUGCGGAUCAAAGUGAGUACCGCGUUUGAGCCGGUGGAACGACUGCUCCACGACGCGUUCGACGUCCUGCGGGCCGAACUACGCACCCUGAUGGCGUCGCACGGAGCCACACUGGAAGAAAUUGAGGGAGCGAUGCCAGCCAACUCUCUCCCACCGGAACUGCAACAGAGAAGCUUGGGCACCGAGAUGAAUGAGGCGGCCGAACAGCACCAAUCCGUUGGAGGGCUUCCGGCGGAACAGCGCCAAAGCACCGCCGGCCUGGGGGGUGGUAACAAGAUACACUUCUUCAAACUGAUCAGCGACAAGCGCUACGAUGCGGACGUGUUCGAGGUGAACGUACACGUGGAAAAAUCGCCCGAAACACACCUGACGCUCCGUACCGACGAGAGCUACAACAUGAGCGUGACUCAUUCUGCCCGCGUGCUGAUUGUGAAAAUAUCGGCCAAUUCAUUCUUCGGCGCCAAGCAUGGCCUUACGACGCUCCAGCAGUUGGUUUGGUUCGACGACGCCGAACGGACGCUGAAAAUUCUCAACAAGGCAGCGAUCGACGACGGACCAAAGUUUAACUACCGCGGUCUGAUGCUGGACACUUCGCGGCACUAUUUCUCGCUGGACGCCCUCAAGCGCACGAUCGUGGGGAUGUCGCACUCGAAGCUAAACCGGUUCCACUGGCACAUAACGGACUCGCAGAGUUUCCCGCUCAUCUCGAAACACUAUCCGCAACUCGCUCGGUACGGGGCAUACUCCGAGGCGGAAGUGUACACGCCGGAGGACGUGCGAGAGCUGGCGUCGUUUGCGAAAGUGCGUGGCGUUCAGAUCAUCCCGGAGAUCGAUGCACCGGCGCACGCCGGCAAUGGGUGGGACUGGGGCCCAAAGCAUGGGCUCGGGGAGCUCAGUCUGUGCAUCAACCAGCAACCGUGGAACAACUACUGCGGGGAGCCUCCGUGCGGACAGCUCAAUCCGAAGAACAACAACACCUACCUGAUCCUGCAGCGGCUCUACGAGGAGCUCCUCGAGAUCGUCGGUCCGCUGGACUACUUCCAUCUCGGUGGGGACGAAGUGAACCUCGAGUGCUGGCAGCAGCAUUUUAACGACUCAGACAUGCGCACGCUCUGGUGUGACUUUAUGCUGCAAGCGUAUCAUCGGCUGCAGUUGGCCGCACGGGCUCAGAACACGACCGUGCCUAGUACGGUGGCCGUUUGGUCGAGUGGGCUGACGAGCAACGUGUGCCUCCCGAAGAGCGUGUUCGCCGUGCAGGUGUGGGGCGGUAGUAAGUGGCCGGAAAACUUUCAACUCGUCAACGCCGGCUACGGGCUGGUGAUAUCGCACGUGGACGCCUGGUACCUGGACUGUGGGUUCGGUAGCUGGCGGUCGACGGGUGAGGGAGCCUGCUCACCCUACCGCAACUGGCAGACGGUGUACAAGCACCGGCCGUGGGACGAGAUGAAGCUAACCUCGCUCCAGAUGCACCAGAUACUGGGUGGCGAGGCGUGCCUGUGGACGGAGCAGGUCGACGAAUCGAUCCUGGAGUCGCGGCUGUGGCCCCGAGCCUCGGCACUGGGUGAACGACUGUGGACCGAUCCAGUCGAGGAGCGGUUCAGUGAGUCAGUCCCGCUCGAGGUGUACAACCGGAUGUCGGUGUUCCGGACGCACUUGGCCGGGCUCGGGCUGCGACCGGAGCCCAUCUUCCCCAAGUACUGUGCCCAGAACCAGGACGAAUGUGUAUGAUAUUACGCCAAUCCGUUCUACUAAAGCGGGCCCCGGGGUGGGGAGGAUAUUGGCAGGGAUGGCCACGAGAAGAAAGAAGGAUGGAGAGACGAUUAAGGCGCUGUGGUUGUGAUACUUUGACGAAAGGACUGCGAUCCUACGGUAUUUCUUUUAUAUUUAGUGGAUUAUCGGAACCUGACACAGACUCUAGUGAGAUACGGAGAUGAACGAAGGUCAACACGAUACACCGGAUACAAAGAGAGAAAGGGCGAGGGGCAUCAAUAAUACUCCCCCACACAGCCAGUAGGAAGGAACGAUAUGGUUGUAAAUAGUGUUAGUGGAAGGCAGCGAACGGGCAUACGGUGGUAGCUACUUAUUCGAAGGGUUUCACGUAGCACACGUAGCAGAGCCAGAUCGUAGAUCGCCAGCGCGAUCGUUUGUAGGUUGAACAAAAAUGAUUUAAGGUUGUUUAAUUUAAUUCCACGUUGGUCACGGAAACCCGUAGCAGGAUUAACGGAGGAAUUUGCCAAAACAAUCCCGGCGAAACCCGCAUUUUGUUUGGUUUCCUGUCUUGUGUAUUAGGCGCAAACCCGCCAAAGGUGACAUGAACGGGUGACCGGAUGGUGACAGAAUUGAAAUUAUUAAACCCCUUUAAUCCGAUGGUCGGUUGUACUUAACUACUUAGGACACUAGCGAGGACGUGAGCGCGCGAGCGGGUGGUUUGGGGCGGCGGUUUAGAUUACUAAUCGAUGGCCGAUCGAUAGCCUUGGGCCGCAAAGCGGGGCCAGAGAUGAGCGUAAACUUCGAGCUUCGGAGCGGCAAGAAUAGGACAGUAAGGAAAGCUAUUUCAAAUGACACACGCAAUGACCUGUAGACGAUUUCGUACCUAGUAGCGUUUACCUUCCGUAGCCACCGCCUGUGGUUUGCAAUAUAUACACGUAACACCCGUAGCCUCUGUUGCGGCACUAUGUUUCAUGUUAUUCCGAUUGUUUACUGUAGUUUUGUUUUCUUCUUUUGUUGUUGGUCGAUUUUUAGCGAUAGUGUAAACGAUGCCAUAGAAAAGGAGAUACUAUAAGAAGGAGAGUGUAAAUGGUUUCGAUUGCCAAAACCGCACAUGCACACACAUAAACCGACCAGCAGUAGUAGGCGACGGCGCCGAUCCACACAAAGAAACAAUGUUCGAGGAAAAACACAAAAACAAUGACAUUUUCUAGUUAAGAAUAGAAUGUUUUUUUUUCUCUUGGAAAUCUAAUAAAUGACAAACACUAAAAAGCAAGGACGCCACGACCCUGCGGUGCUUUCCCUCUGCGAUGGGACACUAGCGCCCCGCACUGCGACGGCCACUAGAUUAGUGUGUAGUGUGUGCGUAUGUGUCGCGUAGUAACACAACACGAGUGCAAAACCAUGGCCCACUCAUCACCAUCAGUCUCGUGCAGACGUACAAAUAUUUAGCAGAGCAAACUCGUACUCUACUUACUGUGCAUUACAAUUAGCUAAACUUUGUUAAUGUUUCUGAUAAACGAUAUAUUUCCUCCCGCCCCCGAGAUAGAAGCAAUGGAACGCGUGGGUCCGAUAGCGAAGAAGAACCAAUAGAAAAAGGACAGAAAAAGUGCAUUAUUUCCCCGAUUGUGGUGCCGUUACGUUCUCCGUAACGUUCGCAUUGCUUUCGCCAGAAAAUGUGCCUCAUUUUUCGUUUAUUUCAUUUUCAUUUAUUUAACAUUUGUCUAACGUACCUAAUGGUAGCUUGUUGUUUGUUUGUUGGAUUGAAUGCAAAAGAGUACAACAUAGUUUUGAUUUACGUUUUCCGAUUUUGAACAAAAACGAACAAAGAAGCACUACUUUGCCGCUGCGCUGGGGCCGCAAGGCCCGGUGAAAAUUUCAAAGCUUACUGGUUGGCGGUGUUUGGGUUGCGCGUACUGCUGAACGCGAUUU